UCUCGACGCGUCUAGACGUCUCGCGAAUGCGCAUACAAAUAUUGGCAGUAAUGGUCAGCUGUGUAUGUGAGAGGGUCUCGAGAAAUGUGCCUUAGGCAUGUAACUCUGACUCGCAGAGAUACCCCACGGCCGCAAAAUGUUCGCGUACGGUUUCGAGAUCACAUAGACAUGUAAUAUGUGUGUGCCUAGUGUUAUUUCACGGUGAAAAUCUGGCGUGAACGGGUAGGUCGGAGUCAUGGCGUCGGUGGCGGGUCCGACCGAUCCGACCGCCGCUCACGGGCACAGCUUCGGUAAGAAGACCUUCCACAAGCCCACGUACUGCCACCACUGCGGUGACAUGCUAUGGGGCCUUAUCCAGCAAGGCUUCAUCUGCGAAGUUUGCAACUUCGUAGUGCAUGAUCGCUGCUUUAAAACCGUGGUGUCCCCGUGUUCCAGCAUCGCCGCCAGUCUGAUCAAGAAUCCGGUUGCUCAUUGUUGGUCAGAACCAUUUCAUCACAAAAGGAAAUUUUGCAACGUAUGUCGGAAGCGGCUAGAUGAUAAUGUUUCCAUCCACUGUGAAAUAUGCGACUACUUCGUGCACACAGAAUGUCAGGACUUUGCAGUGGCAGACUGCCGAGAGAACGCAACGUAUCUGCCAGGAAAGAACCUUGCAUGCGUACGACAUGAACACCAUUGGCGAGAGGGUAACCUACCCAGCAAUUCAAAGUGUGCGCUUUGUAAAAAGACUUGCUGGACAUCUGAAUGCUUGUCAGGUUAUCGAUGCGAGUGGUGUGGGAUGACGUGCCAUGCAUCUUGCCAUAUGAACAUACCACCGGAGUGCACGUUUGGGAUUUUGGAACCCAUAUACUUACCACCACAUGCUAUAAGUAUACCGCGUACUGAAGUGCCAAUGGAAGCAAUUAUUGGGGUUCAGGUGCGACGCAAAGAAACAUUGUCUCGUGAGUAUUCAUGCCCGAGAAGUAUUUCGGAGGAAUUUAGCAGUGGAGAUACAGGCCGUUAUAAAGACGAAGAAUUCGCUCAAGCGCAUGCCGGAGGUCGAGAUCGAGAUAAACAAAAUAAGGAAAGAGACGAUCGUGACGAAGAGGUGAUAAAAGUGUACGAUGGAAAUAACUCAUUGAGAAGAAGAAUUUUUCGAACAAUCGUGGUGCAAAGGCAAAGUCAACUAAGACACGUUCUUAUAUUAGCGUUAAGGGCGCACCAUAUUACGAAAGAUCCAAAUAAUUUUUAUCUCACCGACCUUUACUCUCCAGAUGAAACGCAGUUGCAGGAUCCAACGCCUGUGCCUAAUUUGCACCACAAAGAAGGCAAAAGGCCGGCCGUAUUUCUUCGGUUUAGAGAUCGUGAUAAUGACAAGGGCGAAGUACGUGUGUUUCCUGGUAAGCUGCAGGUAUCUCAGGCAUUCUGCACCGUGCCCGUGGAUUCCAGCACAACCGUUGCCGAUCUAAUUCGAGAAUCAUUAAAAUUUUUUGGCUUUCAUGAGUAUGGAUGUGAAGAUUUUCGAUGUAGCGAAAUUCUACUGGAUAGAGGAGUCACCGAAAGGGUUCUAUCUUGGAACGAAAGACCUUGGGAAAUAAUGAAGCAGUUGGGAAGGGACAGUAUACGUCAAAUGGAACUUAUGCGUUUUUAUCUUCAGUUAAAACAAGACCCUCACGGGCCUAACGUAGCACUUUUUGUUGGAAAUUUACCACCCAACCUUUCCGAAAGGAAUUAUGAAAAUAUAUUAACGGAGUUACUCGGGAAAGAAAACAAAUUUUCAAAUAUUGGCCCGAUAUACUAUGAAUACGGAUCAAUGGUAAUUACCUAUGAAGAUUCUGAAAAGGCAGUGAGAGCAUUCUACAUUCUCAGGGAAUCACGAUAUGAAGAUAAACACUUACUAGUUAUGCUUUUACCCAAUUUAGAACCUUCAAUGAUCCCUCAUGGUGUUCAACCGCUAUUAAUUUUUGUUAACGUUAAGUCUGGUGGUUGCCAAGGUCUUGAAUUAAUUUCAAGUUUUCGAAAGUUACUCAAUCCCUACCAGGUUUUUGAUUUGGAUAACGGAGGACCACUGCCGGGUUUAUAUGUAUUUAGAAAUAUUCAAAAUUAUAGAAUCUUAGUUUGUGGAGGAGAUGGUACUAUUGGGUGGGUACUGCAAUGUCUGGACAACGUAGGGCAAGAUUCACAAUGCUCUUCGCCCGCUUGCGCUAUAGUACCGCUGGGCACAGGCAACGAUCUGGCUAGGGUACUGCGAUGGGGACCUGGCUAUACGGGCGGUGAAGAUCCAUUAAAUCUACUGAGGGACGUCAUUGACGCAGAAGAGAUACGGUUAGAUAGAUGGACGGUAGUAUUUCAUCCUGAGGAUAAGCCCGAUGAUGGCAACAAGCAGGUCAAUUCCUCCGGUAAGAAGAGGCAAAAACUGUCCAAACUGAAACUGACCAAUGAGCAAAUUAAAAAACAAGUUGUAGGAGCAUCAACAAGUGAAGAUAAUUCGCAAAUAUUCGUUAUGAACAACUACUUUGGGAUUGGAAUCGAUGCGGACCUAUGUCUAGACUUUCACAACGCUCGCGAAGAAAACCCUAACAAAUUCAACAGUCGAUUGCAUAAUAAAAGUGUGUACGUAAAAAUGGGUUUGCGUAAAAUGGUCGGUCCAAAAAUGUGCAAGGAUCUGCAUAAGGAGGUGCGUUUGGAAGUGGACGGGAAGUUGGUAGAGUUACCACAAGUUGAAGGCAUUAUCAUUUUAAAUAUUUUAAGUUGGGGUUCUGGUGCUAACCCUUGGGGUCCAGAAAAAGAAGAUCAGUUUUCGAAGCCUAACCAUUGGGAUGGUAUGCUGGAAGUUGUUGGUGUGACAGGUGUUGUGCAUCUGGGACAAAUUCAAUCGGGUUUAAGAUCGGCAAUGAGGAUAGCUCAGGGUGGUCAUAUUAAAAUACAUCUUCACUCAGACAUUCCCGUGCAGGUAGAUGGAGAACCGUGGGUCCAGAGUCCUUGUGAUGUAGUGGUGCUAAAAUCCGCACUGAAGGCAACUAUGCUGAAGAAAAAUAAAUUCAAGCGUCGGCCUACUGAACCGAGCAUACUACCUGCCAAUGGGGAGGGGGGCAAGAGCAGCGAUGAUUAAAACGAACCCCUUGUAACCAUUCAGUCCUUGUUCCAUUAUUUGCAUAUUUAGUAUACAUUUUUUAUAACAUAUAUUUAUAUAUACUUACAUGAAAACUGUGGCAUGCAUUUUGCUAGCUUAUUUUCAUAAGGAAACUAUUAGCUUUUUGUAAUUCUUUUUUUUUAUUUUUAUAAUAGAACAGUGAUAUAAAUUGCAUUUCUUAAGAAAUAAGUUAAGUUUGUGUCUCAAUUUCUUUUACCUAAUGAGAGUGUAUGUGCGCAACCCUCCCCAGGCUACCAUGCUGAAAAAGAUGAAAGGAAAGAUGAAAAGACGCAACACUGAACCCACUAUGCUUGUUUCACCUGGGACACAACUAGCGCCACUGCCCACCAAUGAAGGAGAUUCGCCAACAGAUCCUAACAACGUCACUUUCUG